GCGCCCCGGGGCGGCCUGCACGCGGUGCAGGGACGCGCAGGGCCAGCGAGGGGAGCUGCAGGGUAACUUCCCAGGGAAAGCGGCCGGUCGUCCCCGCUAAAAGCCUCCCUGCCUUUUGUUUGUUUUCCUGCCGGAGACUGGAGAGCAGCCGGGUUCCUGCUGCUCUACCAUGCGCCGCGCGGCCCGUGCAACUCGCCAGACCUCUCGGGCGUCCCUGCACGGACGCCUCGGCCUCUCCUAGCAGGGAUCGCCCCGACUCCCCAUUCCCGAGCGGGCUGCUGCGCUCCACUCGCAGAGGAGCUGCGCUCACCGCAGGGGCGGGCCCCCGCCUAUGUUCGCGGCGCCUGUAGAAGACUGAUCUUUGAAAAUAUGUAUUUGGGAGACAGUCACGUUGUAUUGAAUACCUUGUGCUGGUGCUGCCAUAGAAAAAUCUGGUUACACUCUGGGGAGGCCUGCUGCCACUGCAGGACUGAACCACCUCGGCCCUGAGAUGAGUGUCCGGCCUGAGCGGGCACACCAUGAAUAGAUACACAACGAUCAAGCAGCUUGGGGAUGGAACCUACGGUUCCGUCCUGCUGGGAAGAAGCAUUGAAUCCGGGGAACUGAUUGCUAUUAAAAAAAUGAAAAGAAAGUUUUAUUCCUGGGAGGAAUGCAUGAACCUUCGGGAGGUUAAGUCUUUAAAGAAGCUAAACCACGCCAAUGUAGUAAAAUUAAAAGAGGUUAUCAGGGAAAAUGAUCAUCUUUAUUUUAUCUUCGAGUACAUGAAGGAAAAUCUUUACCAGCUCAUUAAAGAAAGAAAUAAGUUGUUUCCUGAGUCUGCUAUAAGGAAUAUCAUGUACCAAAUAUUGCAAGGACUUGCAUUUAUUCACAAACACGGCUUCUUCCAUCGAGACUUAAAGCCUGAGAACCUUCUCUGCAUGGGACCAGAACUUGUGAAAAUUGCAGACUUUGGAUUGGCCCGAGAAAUCCGAUCAAGACCUCCAUACACAGACUAUGUAUCUACCAGAUGGUACAGGGCUCCGGAGGUGCUCCUGAGGUCCACCCACUACAGCUCUCCCAUUGACAUCUGGGCUGUAGGCUGCAUCAUGGCAGAAGUGUACACCCUCAGGCCACUCUUCCCUGGGUCCAGUGAAAUUGACACGAUCUUCAAAAUUUGCCAAGUGUUGGGGACACCGAAGAAGACCGACUGGCCUGAAGGCUACCAACUUUCAAGUGCGAUGAACUUCCGCUGGCCCCAGUGCAUACCCAAUAACCUGAAGACCUUGAUUCCAAAUGCUAGCAGCGAAGCAAUUCAGCUCCUGAGAGACAUGCUUCAGUGGGAUCCCAAGAAACGGCCAACAGCUAGUCAGGCGCUUCGAUAUCCUUAUUUCCAGGUUGGGCACCCAUUGGGCAGCACCACACAGAGCCUUCAGGAUUCAGGAAAACCACAGAAAGACAGCCUGGAAAAGGCAGGCCUACCUCCUCACAUGAAGCCAGUCCCGCCUGCCCAGCCCCCAACCAAGCCACACUCACGAAUUUCUUCGAGACAACAUCAAGCCAGCCAGCCCUCUCAGCAUCUCACGUACCCCUACAAAGCAGAGGCUUCCAGGACAGAUCACCCGAACCAUGUUCCUGAGGGCAAACCAAACCCGUUGCUCUUCCCAUCCCUCCAUGCAAAGAAUCCUCAGGCAAAAAUCCUUGCUGGCCUGGAACACAAAAAUGGUGAGAUCAAGCCAAAGAGUAGGAGAAGGUGGGGUCUUGUUUCCAGGUCAACAAAAGAUUCCGAUGACUGGACUGACUUGGAUGACUUGGAAUUCAGUCCAUCCCUCACCAGGAUUGACCUGAAGAACAAGAAAAGACAGAGUGAUGAGACUCUCUGCAGAUUUGAGAGUGUUUUGGACCUGAAGCCCUCUGAGCCAGUGGGGACAGGAAAUAGCGCCCCCACCCAGACUUCAUAUCAGAGGCGAGACACGCCCACCCUGAGAUCCUCGGCCAAGCAGCACUACUUGAAGCACUCCCGAUACUUGCCUGGAAUAAAUAUAAGAAAUGGUAUACUCCCGACUCCAGGCAAGGAUUUUAUUCCAUCUAACCCAUGGUCUAGUUCUGGUUUGUCUGGAAAAUCUUCAGGGACGGUGUCAGUAAUCAGCAAAAUAAAUUCAGUUGGUUCCGGCUCAACGAGUUCUAGUGGACUGACUGGAAACUAUAUCCCUUCCUUUCUGAAAAAGGAAGUUGGUUCUGCUAUGCAGAGGGUACACUUGGCACCUAUUCCAGACCCCUCCCCAGGUUAUUCUUCCCUGAAGGCUGUGAGACCUCAUCCUGGGCGACCUUUUUUCCAUACCCAGCCUAGAAGCACUCCUGGGUUGAUCCCACGGCCACCAGCCGCCCAGCCAGUGCAUGGCCGGACAGACUGGGCUUCCAAGUACGCGUCUCGGCGAUGAUUGUCAUAAAGCCCUUUACAGGGGAAAGCAGGACACUGUCCCUCAGCCAACUGGCACUCUACCUGCAGAAAACUUUCGGAUGGUGUAAAAGCAAACAAACACUUUGUAGUUAUUCUUCUGAACUAAGACAUUUCAAUAUUCUUUUUUAAAGUUUUUUUUUUUAAAUAUUGAUUUGAAUGCAAUACCCUUUUUUUGUACAAAAUUAUUUUAUUCUAAAACUGGGUCCCAUUAUUUUCUUAAAUAGCAGCAUUUUGUAUAUAUGGAUUAUGUUUUAGCAUUUUAUACAGUCAACUUUGUAACAAACUUUUUAAAGAUUACUUGAUUUUCUUUUGGGGUUCCAGAUAAUAUUUUAUACAGAUUUUUAAAACAGUAAUAAUAUUGAUGCAGUAUUGCAACAGGGGUGCAAUUUAAGACUAUGUGAUAAAGGGUUAUUUACUCAAUAUGUGCAGAUAUUUGUGACGUAAUUAAAUUUUAAAUGUGGCACAUUAGGUACCUCUGACUUUCCUGACUGACACCAACACUAGAAAAAUGAUCUGUUUUUUUCAAUGUCAUGUUAUUAUUAAUUCGAUAUUUUGAUGCCGUUUUGCUGUUCUAAAGUAUUUAUGUAAUGCACUUUGUUUUGUUUUUAUUCCCCAGAUGAAAGAACUCCAAAUAUUUUUUGAAAUUUUUACCAUACACUUUAUCAUGAUUUGAGAUACACAAAUGAAACUAGGUUUUAUCUUGCUCUAUGCCAUUACAUUCUAUUUCUUUCAUUUUUGAAAUCAAAUUGUCUCAUUUCCCAUAAAAGGGAAGAUUUCAAGCCACAAGAUUCUCAACUUAAAGGUUAAUACAGUCAACUAAAUUGCUAUCCCUGCCAAAAUGCAUGACCAAAAAACUAAAUUUCAAAGCAGCAGAAGAUUUUUUUUAUUAUAAUUGAUAGAAUUUUUCAUUCAGUUCAGUUCUCCAGGCCUGGCUAGUGACAGACAAUGAAUAACCUUCUGUCCUAGCCAAAAUCUCAGGGCAAUUUGGGGAGCAGAAAAGAUUUAUGGCAGAGGUUCCACUAAUCUAGGAAGUCACAGUUACCAUGAUAUUAGUGUCAUAGCGUGCCACAUUUCAACUCUGAACCCUUGCGUAGUUUCUUUCAACAGUGAGAACUCUAUUUGUUGGCCACGGCUGUUCCAUUGAGAGGAAUGUUUACAGCAAUUUUGAAAAUGACAAAGCUAGUUUGGAGACAGCAAAAGACAAAAGGUCCACUCUCAUCCACCUCCUUAGGGCGCAUUUGCCUCUCUGGUCAUGGUUACCUGAAAGGCAAGAGGAAAGGUCACCGCCAGAGAACUCGGUAUAAUCUCAAUAGUGUAUUGACUCAUUCUCCCAGGGCUCAAGCUGUUCUCAUUUGGUUCCAGGAUAUAGCAUGUUGAACCACACGAAAUUGUCAAUUUUGUAGGUUAAAAUAAAUAUUGACACUUUGAUAUGGUUCAACCUAUUAAAUUGGUAAAUUAUUACUUCAAUAUAUUAAUACAUGGUAGCUUGAACCAAUUGCCAUAGCUCCCAAAGAGGUGUGACCUAAAAUUGGGAGCAAUGUCUGCUUUGGAGUAUCUGGCUCAAAGAUUUACUUGAGCAAGCACUAUGAUCCCUAGGGGCAGGAGAAAAGCACAUAAUGGAUGUGGAUUUGAUAGGUAAUAUUUUCCUGUUAACAAACUGGCGGCAGAGCUUCAGAAAAUAAAUAUGUAUGUGUAAGCACAACUUGAAACUGAAUUCAUUUCUGUAUUAUAUUCUCAGCUCAUUAUCUAAAGCAACAGAAAAUGUGUUUUCAGAGAUGAGUCCUUUACUGAGGUUAAUAUUUAUUUUCCCUUUCUGUAUUAUGUCUACAAAAUAAAUUAAUCUGUAACCUUACCCAGCUUGCUGGAAAGCUGGGUUUAAAUUGUAAAUACUCUUUAGAGAAGCAAAUGGAUUGUGAAUACCAUAUUCUAGGCACUCUAGCUUAUGUUAAGGUCAUUACAUUUUUUUUUAAAUUGAAAAACCUAGUUACUUGGUUAUUAUACAUUAUAAAGUGGUUUUUCUGAUACUUUUAUAAGGCCCAAAUUCAGAAAGUAUUUCACUUUCUUUCCUUUUACUCUUUCCUUUGUUUAUCAGCAAACAACUUCCCUUGGGAAGCUAAACACAUUUAUGCAUAUGAAAAUCAAGAAGCCUUAUGUGCAGUUGAGAAACCUAGAAGACUGAAAAAAAACAAUGUAAAUUCUAAAGAACUAGCAAAAUCCUAAAGUACUCUUUUUUUCUCCCUGAAAUGGGUAAAGGACAAAUUGUGUAUACAAGCUGUUUACUAUAGAAGGGAAUAGUGACCAUUUUUUGUUAAGUGAAUAUGAAAUGCUGCCAGUUGCAUGUAUUUUUUCAUUACUAAAGAAUUAUAAAAUGUAAUGCAAGACACCAAGAUGAAUGACAAGUUUAAUUGUACCUCCAUGACUAUACCUCAUUUCCAGUCAGAAAGCUUUCUGGGAUACCAGGAAAUGGUACAGGGAUGGCUCUCAUUCGUGCACAAAACUUCAGUUGAGCCAAGGGGCACACAUGUAAAGUGCAGGAAAACUGCACAGGCACAAAAACUACUCUUGGUGUGAUCAUUCGUUUUACAGAAAAAUCUCAUGAAUUACUAAGCCCUCACCCAGCUCAUGUAUGAUAGGAUUUAAAUAGGAAGCAAAUUGAUUUUCAAACAAUUUUUUAGACACAUCUCUUGCCCAAAGGACUAAAUACAUCUAAUAAAUCAACACUAAAUCAUCUUCUGGGGUUAUCCAAAAUUGAAUACAAUCAAGGCAACACAUGUAAAACAAAACAAUUCUUGUUUUUGUCAAGAAUUGUUUCAUUUUUAAGUACAAAUACCAGUAGUGUUGGAGUUCAUGGGCACCGUGUUUUCUCAUAAAGUAGCAAUUUCCCUUCCAUCAAGCCAUUGUUUUGUGCCAUUUAGGUAGGAGAGAAAAAGAAAGACUGUAUGUUUUAGCUCAGUGUAUGGCCAAAAGCAAUAUGCUUAUAAGAAAAUGUUUGACAUACUAAUUAUUAUAUAUCAUUUAAAGCAUACUGUAGCAACUUGUUUAAUACAUGUGGUUAAUUUUUAGAAUUAUUUUUAUAAUUUCCAACCAAAGUACUGUAUUUUAUAUAAUUUAUUGUAAGGACCGUCUCAUGGAAACCAUUGAGAAGACAAACCGGAGGCAAAUAUCACAUUAAUCUGUAUUAUCAAUUUCUUUUAGACACUGUGCUAAUGUGAAUUUAAAAUGACCUGAAUAGUCUUCUGAUCUCAGAUAGCUCAUCACUGGUAGCAAUUUGUCACCUGAUUUGAUUACAAGGGAGUAAGUAAGAAUAUAAUUAUUUAUAAAGCAAAUAUUCAUAAUGAUGAGAAGAUAGGACAGAAAACCACUUAUUGCAAGCCCCUUCUGAAAUAAAAUGUUGCUCUUUAAAUAGUUUGUCCUAAUGUAUUUAAAAACAUUAACUUUACAUUAAAAAAAAAUUCUGCUCCAAAUAAAGUUACUGUUUAAGAAAAA